ACCCGGGAGCGGAACCGUGUCCCACCUAGAGGCUCCGUGCCAGGCGCGAACUUUUCUCCACGACCGAGGGACAGAAUUGGCCUGAACCCCUGGGGUGGACUGCAGGCCCCCGGAGCCAGGACCGGGCUGAGGUGUCUGCGGCCGGCCUGGGGGGGGGGACAGCGGUCGGUGGCAAGAGACACCAAGGAAAAGUGGGAGCAGAAGCUUGGGGGUGAGUGAAGGGAGCCCGGCUCGCGGUUUUUACGCAGCCUCGGGUCUCCGUUUAUUCUGGGGUUGGGCCGGGGGCAAGUGCCCUUCCAGCUCUAAGGGAGCAGCCGAGGCCACUGUCCCUUGAGACUGCCGGAGUCCUCAGCACCUGUCUCGGGCUCCAGGAGAGGCUGUGGUCAUGGUGAAUGAAGAUCCCAACCAACACGAGCACGAUGGCAGCUCUGCACAGGAGCCUGCCCUCUGGGCAGACCCCAGCGCCUCGGGCCAAGCCAGUGUGUCCGCAGAGCAGAGCGUGUCGGCGCCCCCCAGCGUCUCCAUCCACCCCAGCGUCUCGACCCAGCCCAGCAGUUCGGCCCACCCCUGUGUCGCGGCGCACCCAAGCAGUUCGGCCCACCCCAGUACCUUGGCCCAAGCCGGUGGCUUGGCCCACCCCAGUAGCUCAGGCCCUGAGGACCUUAGCGUGAUCAAGGUGAGCAAACGCCGCUGGGUGGUAGUCCUGCUGUUCAGCGGCUACUCCAUGUGCAACGCCUUCCAGUGGAUCCAGUACGGCUCCAUCAAUAACAUCUUCAUGAAGUUCUACGGGGUCAGCGCCUUUGCCAUCGACUGGCUGUCCAUGUGUUACAUGCUCACCUACAUCCCUCUGCUCCUGCCUGUGGCCUGGCUGCUGGAGAAAUUCGGCCUGCGCACCAUCGCCCUCACCGGCUCUGCUCUCAACUGCCUGGGGGCCUGGGUGAAGUUGGGGAGCCUGAAGCCACAUCUCUUCCCGGUCACCGUCCUGGGCCAGGUUGUCUGCUCCGUGGCCCAGGUCUUCAUCCUGGGCAUGCCCUCCCGCAUUGCUUCCGUCUGGUUCGGGGCUAACGAGGUGUCAACGGCCUGCUCCGUCGCUGUCUUUGGCAAUCAGCUUGGAAUUGCAAUUGGGUUCUUGGUCCCUCCUGUUUUGGUACCCAACAUCGAAGACCGGGACAAGCUUGCCUACCACAUCAGCAUCAUGUUUUACAUAAUAGCAGGCGUGGCUACUCUGCUUUUCAUCCUUGUCAUCAUCGUAUUCAAGGAGAAGCCUAAACACCCCCCCAGCAGGGCACAAUCUCUGAGCUAUGCCUUGGCGUCCCCUGAUGCAUCGUACUUAAGUUCCAUUGUCCGGGUCUUCAAAAACCUCAACUUUGUGCUGCUUAUCAUCACCUAUGGUCUCAAUGCUGGUGCUUUUUAUGCCUUGUCCACGCUGCUGAAUCGCAUGGUGAUCUUGCACUACCCGGGGGAAGAAGUGAAUGCUGGAAGAAUCGGCCUGACCAUCGUCAUUGCAGGAAUGCUUGGGGCCGUGAUCUCAGGCAUCUGGCUGGAUAGGUCCAAAACCUACAAAGAGACAACCCUGGUGGUCUACAUCAUGACGGUAGUGGGCAUGGUGGUGUACACACUGACGUUGAACCUGGGAUACCUGUGGGUAGUGUUCAUCACCGCUGGCACAAUGGGCUUCUUCAUGACGGGCUACCUCCCGCUGGGAUUUGAGUUUGCUGUGGAGUUGACAUACCCAGAAUCGGAAGGCAUAUCGUCUGGCCUCCUGAAUGUAUCUGCCCAGGUGUUUGGGAUCAUCUUCACCAUCUCCCAGGGCCAAAUUAUUGACAACUACGGAACCAUGCCUGGGAAUAUCUUUCUCUGUGUGUUCCUCACCCUUGGAGCAGCCCUCACUGCAUUCAUUAAGGCAGAUCUCCGGAGGCAGAAAGCAAACAAAGAAACUCCCGAGAAUAAGCUCCCGGAGGAGGACGAGGAGGAGGAGAGCAACACUAGCAAAGCACCCACCACUGUGUCUGAGGAGCAGCUCUGAGAGGAAAAGGUGGUGGCCACUCAGGGAACCAGACAGCACUCCCCACCUCUUCCAUCAGCGCCUACCGCCGGCACGUAGGCCUUCGUCGCAGCAGCUUUUGGAGGGAACCGGCUGGCAUACUGGGGGCUUGGACGGCAGGGCCUCUGCCAUCUGGAACCCACUCAAGAGCUUGCAUGGUCUAGCUGGGGAAGAUGGCACCUUCCACUGGGUGCCCGCUCCAUCCCCGCCCCCCUCGCAGGCUGUGGGAGCCGGUGCUGGAGAGACUGCUGGAGAGCCGUGGCGCCUCGUCUUCCCCCUUCCCCUCCAGCCCGCCGGGAGAGGGCCUGCAAAAUUAUCACGGAAAGAAAGCUUAUUCAGGAUAUUAACUUUUUUUUUAAGAAUCAUAAGACCCUUAGAAGCCCAGUUCUAAGGAGAGGCGGCUGCUCCAGAGAGGGGGUAAUUUUGGGGUCAUCACAUUGUGGCUAAUGUUCUGUGGGAGAGAAAGCACCAGCAGAAAAACAUCAGAACGAACCCAUCAGGACUCGGCCUAGCUUCUCCUGCCUUAGGGAGGGUCUGUUUCCAGACCCUCUCCUAAGAGCUGAUCAAACCCAACAUCAAUAAACUUGACAGAAACUUUGCUGCGACUGUGACCGUGCUGUGACCGUGAAGGAGAAGCCUGUCUGGGAGGGUGACCUGCCUCGCAGCCUGAGGCCGCUUGUGAAGGUCCAGCCUUUGGGAACUGUGGUAGCUAGAUUUGGGGACAGGAUGGUUCUUUUCUACCAGAUCUCUGCCCAGGGACUUCUUUGUGUGUGUGUGUUGUCGUCACCGCCGAUGCCUUGAGAAACUGUCGUCGGCCUUAGUGCUUCCUUUCUCUGAAGGGAGGGGAAAUCCCAGCCACCUUCCUGUAAUCUUUCCUGAAAACUUUGUUUCAUGUCCACCCUGAGAAAUCCACAGCUUCGGAGAGAGGAGAGGAAAGGGGCAGAAGGAAAAGGAAUUGAGUUGGCUUGAGUUAAGUGCCUUCUGCCUCCGAAGGGGAUCGUAUUCGCACACCCAAACCCUCUCACUGUCCCCUUCCGGCAAUCACCUUUUAACAGAUGUUGUGAAUGUGUGAAACCCCUUUUUUUUCUUUCUCAAGGGAUUCCCUUUAAACCAACUCAGGGUGACCUCCUCGCCUGCCUAGCCUGCUGUCCGGCUCUCCUCAUGGGCUGGGGUAGUGUCCCCCGAAAGUAAGACAUUUGAAUCAUUUCUCCUGUGCUGAGCAGCUGUGAUCAUGUCCAUGGUGCUGCUGGGCUGUGGCCACUGCCCAGUCUGGGCAUCUGGGGGCAGCCUGGCUUGGCAGGGGGGCUGCUGUCUGAGGGGAGCCGUAUGUGUGUGUGUGUGUGUGUGUGUGUGUGUGUGUGUGUGUUUGUGUAUACAGGCAUUCCAGAUGUGCUGUAUGUAAAAGAAGUUCACACUUCUGCUGGGGGAGGGUUGGGGGGUAGAAGACAGGUGGAGAGGAAGCACGUCUUGCUUUUUGAUAAAGAGAAAUGUGUUUACUCUCCAGCUCCUUAAAACUUUUUAACAAAACGUUUACCAGAUUGGUCAUUCCUUUAUUUUAAAAGAGUGAUUUGUAUUUUCUACUUGUAAUGCCAGAUGUUUUAAGACAAUAAAAGAUUCUCCAAGUGGCCUGCCAUGUCAUUAGACGGGGCAGAGGUGUCUUUGGGUA